UGUUGAAAAUUCAAGAUGGUGACCUUACGUGGCAAGAUGGCGUUGUUUUUUUUACAUCUAAACGUGUUUUCUUUGACAUAUUGUCACGAUGAGGAUAUUACGAGCGUUCAAUCGGCUAGCACCGAAGACGAAGGGCAAUCCAGAUACUUGCAAUCCAUAAAUUCUCGUCGCUACUCGUACAAGGGUAUACCUAUUGAGAUGCACCAGCCGGAACGCCGCUCCAACUUCGCCCCCGUCUUCUCUUCCAUUGUCACCCCUGCCACUACUCGACGGACUACCACCACAACGACUAGUGCUCCUCAAACAACCCCAAUCCACCCUCCACUGGACAGGCGCUACCGCCGCAUCUACAAUCCUGACGAACGCGCAUCAGUUGAGGAUUAUCCAUUUAUGGCUGCAUUGCUGGUGAACAACGAACUCUGGUGCGGCGCUGCCAUCAUCGGCCCUGAUCGGGUGCUGACUGCUGCACAUUGUCUUCAGCUGUGA